AUGAUUGAAUUCUCAGACAGUCAAAGUUCAUCAUCAUCAGAAGAAGAAUGGAAGAUUAAGUUCAAGUCAGAGGAAGAAUUCUGUGUGGGUUCGUCCUCCAGUGCUGCUGCAACAACAUCCAGGAGACCAGUUGAGGUAAAUCUUCCUCCUGCUUCAAGCUCAUCAUCAUCAUCUCAGAGGCACAAAUUUAUAGAGAUGGGUUUCUCACCAGCUCUUGUUGACAGAGUAUUAAGUGAAAACGAUGGAGGUGACAACAAUUUUGAGUUGUUAUUAGAAAGUCUUUUCCAGUAUUCUUCUUCUGCAGCUACCCGCAAUUUAAAGUCUGACAAAAUAUUGAGUCCCAUUUUUACUGAUGAUGAUAGUGAUUUUGAGAUUGAUGGUGCUGAAAUGGAGGUGAAAUCGGAAGUGAUUGAGGAGGAUAGAAGAGCUUAUUUAUUGGCAAUGAAAUUCUCAGUAAAUGAAGUUGAUUCUGCUGUAGAAAGGCUUGGUAAAGAUGCACCAGUGAAUGAGCUUGUGGAUUACAUUGUUGCAGCGCAAAUAUCUGGAAAGAAUGAGGAUGCUGCUGCUGCAGCUACUGAGUCUUCGUUUGCGCCGACUAUGGAUCGGACAGUUGGUUUGCUGCUUGAAAUGGGGUUCACUGAAGAAGAAAUAGCUUAUGCUAUUGAGAAAUUUGGUGGUGGAGAUCAUAUUUCGGUUCAGGAGCUAGCUGAUUCAAUCUUUGCAAAGCGAAUUGGUGAUGCGCAGGGAGAAUCAACCUCUGACAUUAUGCGCCAGAGUGGGAAAGCUUGGAGGCCAUUUGCAAAGCAUCAUGGUGGCUGGACUACCGUGGAAGAAGGUAAGUCGCAAAAUUAUGCUGCCCCGAGUUCGUGUUUUAUUCCCUGUGAAAUGGAUAAAGACUUCAUGGACAGUCUCAAAAGGAAAAGAGCUAAACUCGAAUAUGUUAAACCCAUAGCUCAUGGUCACUCGCCUCGGCUUCUUGAAGCAGUUGCGAAACCCCCAUACUUUUUCUAUGGGAACGUUUUGGGCGGCUCUGACGAUACUUGGGAGAAAGUAACUCGAUUUUUAUAUGGUGUUGCACAAGAGUUCGUGAAUGCUGAAUCUUUCUCCGCAUUAAGUAGGAAAGAAGGUUAUGUGCAUAACCUUCCCAAGGAAAAUAGAUUUCACAUUCUUCCGAAAACGGCCAAAGUUGAAGGUGCGUUUUCUCAUAACGAGCCCGAGUACACUGAGCAAAUAUUAGGCUAUCCAGUGAAUCACACAGAUGCCUUAAGGUGUAAUACAACAGAAAGGCUCAGACUCCUCAGGUCUAGCUUUCAGACAGACACGGUAGGGUAUUAUUUCUCGGUUUUGAAGAUGAUUUAUCCAAAUGGGUUGAAUGUAUUGUCUAUUUAUAGCGGCAUUGGAGGGGCUGAAAUUGCUUUGCACCGUCUUGGUGUGCGUCUAAAAUGUGUUGUUUCAGUUGAAGAUUCUGAAACUAAUCGAAGGAUUCUCAAGAGGUGGUGGGAUAGCACUAAACAAACUGGACAACUGGUACAAAUUCAAGGCAUUGGAAAAAUGACAAGUACCAGAAUCGGGUCUCUUACGAAUCAAUAUGGAGGUUUCGACUUUGUAGUGUGUCAAAACCCAUGCGUUCUCACGUCUGAAUGCUCAAAUGGUGCAGAGUUUGCAGAGCUGGAUAUGAAGAUGUUCUUUGAAUUUGUUCGUGUUUUGCAGUGGGUAAGGGGAUUUGCAGGAAGUGCUGGAUGACAAAUAUGUUUCU